AUGUGGCUAGAUGAUCUACAUGCCUACAUGGGAGUGAAGCAAACAUGUGCAUUUGCUUCUAGAGCAGCUCUACUCUUUUCUCCACUGCACACUCUCCGCUUGCCUCCACCACGCGCCUUUCUGGAUGGCAUAGGCAAUAAAAGCUACAGCAAUAGUCUAAAGUCCUGCUUCCAGAAGUCUCUGCUCCUCGCCCUCCUCGCUGCUGAGAGCCAAUCGUUUUCUACUGGUCCCAGAGGCCAAGUUAGUUCAUCUGGUGCGGUUUUCGUUGAGGGUCCGUGUGCACCAUUGCCUCUGUUGCAUAAUCGUGGCCGAUCGGAUAGCAACUCUCGACGGAUGAAGCUGUUCCUGUCUGAGGGUGGCAACAAUGUGGGGACGGCUUUACAAAAAAAGCAACGAAGCAUGUGCAGUAACAUCGGUUCACAGCCCAACGCCGAGUUGAUCUGGGUUGACUGCCUACACAGCCACGAAAAGGAUCCUCCCUCCACCAUUCCGAGCAACGUCGGUAUCAGUGUGCGCGACGAGCUGGGACGUGACGUGGCCAUGGACACGCAGGACAUGCGUGAUGGCACCUUCAAGGUCACGUAUACAGCCAAUACUCCGGGUCCAAACUACACGGUGCAGGUCUUCUUCGACAAUCAUGAAGUACCAAGGAGUCCUUUCAAGGUGCCGGUGAAACCAAAUGUAGAUAUGAACAAAAUUCACGUAGAAAACUUGGAGCCAAGCAUUCCCGUGGGCAAACCGCACGAGUUCGACAUAAUCACCGCCGGCGCCGGGGUGGGAGCCGGGCCGGCAGGAAGUGGGAGGCCGCGGCCGAAUGUGGUCGUGAAGAGUCCGUCAGGACUGCGUGUGCCUCACACGCUGGAGGAGACGGUGGACGGUUUCGCGACCACUUUCACGCCCACGAUGCCCGGGCCCUACACCGUCUCGGUGGAGGUCGGCGGCAUUGCCGUCAAGGGCAGUCCCUUCCACACGGUGGCCGUGGCUCCGGUACCGCAACAGGCGCCUGCCAACGAGGCUCUUAUCGCGCCCGUCGAAGUGGGUCGCGUCCGCGGCGCGGUCAAACUGGCCGCCGAUCCGGCCAGUUUGGUACGUGCCUACGGCGACGGAUUGCGCCGCGCCACGGCCGGCCGACCGACCCACUUCACCAUCGACAGUCGAGACGCGGCUCCCGCUCCGCUCAGCGUAACCAUCGAGGGUCCGGCGGAGGCGAAAAUCGACUACGUGGACAACGGGGAUGGUACAUGUGGCGUCGAGUACCUGCCAGUCGAGGCGGGCCCCUACCAAGUGAACGUGCUCUACCGCGACCAACACGUCAAGGGGAGCCCGUUCAGUGUGCAGGUCGCUCCCGCCGGACGGGAGCAUAGCGACGCCUCGCGUGUCCGCGCCUACGGACCCGGCCUCGGACCCAAUGGUUGA